AUGCCAUUACCGUUGCUGAACCCAUUUCAUUGGGGCUAUCGUGGAACAAUCGAACAGGUUUCACACCCACAGGGCACAGUUGCUUUGAAAUUGAAGGAUGAAAAUGAGACCAUUCAAUUGCACGAAUUUAUUUCUCGAGAAAUUCCGGGAUUGAAGGACCUUUCCAAAUUCGAGCUACACCCUGCUCUCUUCACCGGAUAUCUCCAGACUAUAUUUCUGGGUUCAGCAGAUUUUUCGAAAAGCUACCCUGUAUUUUAUGGACGAGAAAUAGUCGACUUUUCGGAUGGGGGAAUUUGCAGCGCCGAUUGGGUUAUGAGCAACUGGAAACACCUGUACGCUUUGGAUACCAGGAUUCAGACGUACGACUUACCAAAGUUUACGGACGAUGAGCAGGCCACCCAUCCCAAGAGUUGGCCACGGUUGCAGGCAAGAACUCGGUUUUUGACGGAGGACGAGAAAAUGGUGGUCCACGAGAGUGAAAAGCCCUUGGUAGUUGUCAUCCAUGGGCUGGCCGGAGGGUCCCAUGAGCCCAUAAUCAGAUCGUUGACCCAAAAUCUGUCAACGGCCGGCGAGGGGAAAUUUGAUGUUGUUGUUUUGAAUAGUCGAGGAUGUGCCAGGUCUAAGAUCACGACUCGCAAGCUUUUUUAUGCCGUAUUCACCAGCGACAUUCGCGAGUUCCUGAAGAGGGAAAAGGCUCGCCACCCUUCGAGGAAAAUCUAUGCAGUUGGUUUCUCCUUUGGAGGAACCAUGUUAAGUAAUUAUUUGGGCGAAGAGGGCGACAACGCGCCGGUAGAAGCAGCAGCCUUUUUGUGCACCCCAUGGGACCUUUACCAAUCGGCUCUGAAAAUGAAUGGUGACUGGUGGUCUCGUACACUUUUCUCCAAGGCGAUUGCACAAUUCCUGACAAGACUGGUGAAAGUAAACAUAAAUGAGCUGGAACCUAGAGAAGGAGAUGAAAAGCCUGCUGCUGCGCCCUCUAGAUCCAACCCGUCGUUCCAUGUGUUUACUCGAGAAAACCUCAAGAAGGCUGGUUCCUUCACAUCAACACAGGAGUUUGACAACGUAUUCACUGCGCCCUGUCUGGGUUACAGCUCUGCUCUCGACUACUACAAAGCCUGUUCUUCCAUUCACGAACUUCCAAAUGUCCGAGUGCCUUCGCUUAUUAUCAAUGCUAAGGACGAUCCUGUCGUAGGCGAAGAAUCCAUUCCCUACGAAUGUGCGAGAGAAAAUAGCAAUGUCACACUGUGCGUUUCGGACCUGGGAGGCCAUUUGGCAUACUUAGAUAAGAAUUACGAUUCUUGGGCAACAGCUCAGAUCACCCACUUCUUUGAUAAGUUCGAGCAAUUAAUUAAAUGA